AACAUUUGACAACUAAAAGGGAUCUAUUUCUCAACUUCCUCAAAUUAAUAGCCUUAAAAUGCAAAACCCUCUUUUGUAUACUCUUGUUUUGACCUUUUUCUCCUCUUUUUUUUUUUCCAUUCACCUUUCUACUUCCCAUGAUACUCCAACUUCAAUGGUGAUAAAGCUCUCAACUUUAAACCUUCCCAACAAAAUCCCCAAAUGGGUUUUCCCAAAACUCCUUUUUUCUUCACUUUCCAGUGCUUGUACAAUUCAAAUCACCCAAGAAAACAAUCAACCCUCCACCACUUCUUCCACUGACUUUGCAACAAAGAUUCAAUUUUUAAAGAAUAAACUUCACCCACAGACCUUAACAACCAUUCUUGAUUCCACACCUGAUUUGGAUUCUUCAUUGAAGUUAUUCAAAUGGGCUUCUCUUCAAAAAAAGUUUCAUCAUUCAGCUCAUACUUAUUUUCAGAUUAUCUUGAAGUUAGGUAUGGCUGGAAAAGUAGAAGAAGUCGAAGGAUUUUGUAAUGAGAUGGUAAAGGACAAAUGCCCAAAUUAUGAAAAUGUUCUUUUGGAUUUGUUAGAUGUGUUUGUUAGAAAUAGUAGGCUUAGAGAGGCUUUAUGUGUUCUUUCUUGUAUAAAUUUGUGUAGGUUGAAUCCUUCUAUAACUGUAAUUAAUAAAUUGUUGGGUGCACUUGUGAAGGAUAGGAAGGAAUUUAAGGAUGUGUUGUUUGUAUAUAAAGAGAUUGCGAAAGCUGGAAUUAGUCCUAAUAUCGAUACACUUAAUUAUCUGAUAGAGGGUUUAUUUGUUGCCGAUCGCCUUGAUGCUGCAUUGGAUCAAUAUAAAAGACUUCAUAAGAAAGGUUGUAGUCCUAAUGGUAGGACUUUUGAGGUAAUUAUUGGUGAACUUGUUGCUAGGGGUAGAGUGGAUGAGGCACUUGUAGUUUUAGAUGAUAUGUUUAGAAUAAGGCAUGGAUCAGAUUAUUCUAGCUUUUAUGCUAGUAUGAUUCCUUUAUUUUGUGAUAUGAAUAAAUUAGAUGUGGUUAGGAGGUUGUUUUCUAUGAUGAGAGCGUGUGAGGUUCUUCCGGAUUUGCGAACUUAUGGGGCAAUGAUUAAGUGUUUGUGCGAGAAUCUUCUCGUGGAUGAUGCUGUAAAACUUGUAGAUGAGAUGGUGGGUAAUGAUGUUAGGCCAGAUGAUGAUGUGUUCAUGAGUAUAAUAGAUGGAUUAUGUGAAUUGAAUAUGUUGAGUGAAGCCGAGGAGUUUCUGAAUGACAAAGAAGUUGCGUCCGUAUUGCCUUACAAUGCACUUCUUGAAGCUAUUCUAAAAGAUGGCACCUUUAAUAUGGCAAGAGAUCUGUUUGAGGAAAUGUUUGAGAGGAACGCCGUAGAUCAUCGUUCUUGGAAUAUCAUGAUUCAAUACUUGUGUUAUAAUAAAAGGCUGAAAGAUGCCUUGAAGUAUCUUUCCAGAAUGAUUGUUUCCUCCGUUAGUCCUGAUUCAUCUACAUACUCUGCUCUCAUCACUGGCAACUGCAAAUUAGGUGAAUGUGAGGAUGCUUUUGCACUGUUUCAUGAACUUAGGGAAAAAGAUGGGUUAAUAGAUUUGGUAUCAUAUACGCAACUUAUUGACUGUCUUUGCCAGAAGGAAAAGGUUCUGGACGCUGCCGAAGCAUUUUGCUUCAUGUCAACAAAGAGAUUUGCUCUUCAAUCAACCUCAUUUGAAAAGCUCAUUGAGGGACUUUAUGCUAGUGGAUACACUGUUACAGCGAUCAAAUUGCUACCAAUUGCAUAUUACUGUGGUACGUCCUUUUCUGCUGCUGCUUACAACAGUGUAAUGCAAGGCCUAUCCAGUUUAGGACGAGCAAGUGAUCUUUUUAUAGUGCUCUCGAGAAUGGUCGUAGAUGGUUGUACGCCGAAUGGGAAAACGUAUUGCAUUCUUAUUCGGAGCAUGAUUUCGCUUGGACAUAUUGAGAAGUCGGCUCUAUUCUUGGAUUUGAUGCUUAGUCAAGGUCUAUCACCGAAUUCAGAAAUACUUUCUGAACUUCUGGAGUAUCUGGUGGAAAACACUCAGGUACACAUGAUACUUUCUUCAAUAGAUAAGCUUGUCUCAGAAUUUGAAGUUGUUGAUUCAGCCAUGUACAAUAUGCUGAUAAACGGCCUCUUGAAAGAGGGAUACAAAAAUAAGGCCUCUUUCUUACUGGAUUUGAUGUUGGAGAAGGGCUGGGUUCCUGAUGCUAAUACUCAUGCUUUAUUAUUGGGUUCCAGUGUGGAAGAUGAAAUAGAUACCGAAAAGCCUUCUUGUGGUAAAUUUAUCACACAGGAUACUGUUGGCAAUAUACUUGCUGAGGGCCUCGGGAAAUUUGAUGGACAUUACUACAGAUUAUAAUACUAUAAUUGGAUUUGUUCCAGCAAUCAAUUUGGCAGAGCGGUCGUAAGAAAAUUACGAUGUUUAAGGGCUAAUCUCGUGGUUUUCGCGCAUUAUCUCUGUUCUCCAACUCGUCCAUUAGAUACCUGCUUCAAUUUUGAAGGACUCAUCAUUUUUUCAAAGCGCACCUAGAAUGACAGUGAAAGCUGGCUCAACAUCCAGUAUUCGGCAUCCCUAUCAGGAGUGAUGAAUUGUGAUCUGAGCCUAGCUUGUUUGCUCAUUGACUAAUACCGCAAUACAAGUAUCGAGUAGCUCUGUCCACUGAGGCUUAAGACAGAUGGAAAGAAAUCACCUAAGAUUUUGCAGGAAUGCAAGUGAAUAGUACACAGCCAAUAAAUAACAGCAACAUACCCACUGUAGUCCCACAUGUGGGGUCUUGGGUGGGUAGGAUGUAUGCAGAACUUACCUUUGUGGGGUAGGGAUGAUGUUUCCAAUGGAUCCUUGGCCUAUGCUAGUUGUGUCACAUGCUGAGCAGCUAUGUGGUCUUGUAGAUGUGCCUGACUUCUAACGUUCUCUCAGUAUGCCGCUCUCUGCUCAGGCAAGUUGAAGCUCAGUCAGGAGGAAUAAGAAGGAAGAUCAGGACACUGCUUAGCUUAGUCAACACAAGCAUGCGAGCUGUGAUCAAGAUAUAGUCACUGCACCUGCCUCACUUUUGAGUUGUAAAUUUGUUUUUUAAGUCCACUCUGCAUAGUAAGUUUCGUGGUCACUAGCUUUCUCGUUUUCUUUCGCUAUUUCGCAUAACACAAUAUGUAUACGGGGAACUUACACCUCCAAAAUUGUACUCAAAAUUCAAAUGAAUGAAAUUGUGAGCUUGAUUCUUCUCGCUUUCAA